AUGAUCAAGACAGCUCAUGGUCACCCAUAUAAGAGGGUGCGUUGCCGACCUUUAAGAUCCUCUCUUAUGCUCAUGCCCAUUUUAAAAGAUGGGAAAAGUUUUGAGGUCGUAUCUCCUAAGGAAGACCUCGACCUCGGAUGUCGAAUCCACACCUCGCCACUUCGCAAAAAGAAAUGCCUAAAGAAGCGGACUGUGGAAGACUAG